AUGGGUUCUUGCAAAAGCUGCAAGUCCACAAGCCUAAUCGUCGAUUCAGUAACCGGAAACCUAGAGUGCUCCUCAUGCGGCGUCGUCCAAGAUUUCAACAAUUUCGAACAACAAACGUUCAACGCUGACGGACCAGUCGGUAAAAACGUCCGAUUAGGCUCAUCAGGAUCUGGAUACGACUAUUCUUACCGCGAAACCAAAAUUCACCAAGCACAAAAUAUCAUCUCCGACAUAUUAUCACGCCUUGAUUUACAACAAAGAUUUGAUGAGGUUAAUAACAUGAUUAAAAUCAUAACCGAAGAGGAGUACGGUUCAGGCAACUGGUGUGAUAUUUACGAGUUGGGUCGAAUGGUGUCGCGUGUCGUAGAUCAUCUUGACUUGAAGCUGCCGGAUUUUGAUAUAGUAGGGCUGUUCGAUCGUGUAUUUAAAGAAUGGGUUAGUGGUAGGAAUAAUAAUAUCGGGAAAUAUCUAAGCGCAAAGAUGGUGAAACAGGGGAUUUUCUUGCUACAAUGUAUGAUCAAGUGGUACAUGACAACCGGCAGGCGGCCAGUGCCGGCGGUGGUGGCAGUGAUGGUGUUUGUUUGUGAACUUAAUGACGUUGAGAUUAGUAUCGAUGAUUUAGCCGGUCAGUUAAACGUGGCGGUUGCAACGUGCAAAUUACGGUACAAAGAACUUCUAAAAUGUUUAGUGGAUGUUGCAAGAGCUAAUCUACCAUGGGGAGAUGAUGUUAAUGUUAAGAAUAUUAUGAUAAACGCACAGAUUGUUAUUCAGUAUAUGGAGGUGAAAUCAACGUGCAAUCACAGAAAAGAAAUCGUAAGUUUAGAUAACGUUGAUGCUGAUUUGCAGUGUUUAUUGAGCAAUUGUCUAAACCAAGACGAUGACAGUUUAAAUGAAUCAGCCGAUUGGGAAAUUGAAGAUUUGAAGAAGCUUAAGGUUUCACCCGAAUGUUUAUCCGCAAUUUAUUCGAAGUAUUUGGAAGAAUAUUCGAAGAUGAACGCAUCGUUGAAAAGGGUAGACGAUACCAUUAUAGAUGGUGGUGAAAAGUUCGAUUUUUUUGUUGAUACAACCGAGUAUUGGAGUGGAGAUUCGGAACUAAGCAAGAAACUUUUUCUUGAUAAAAUAUUGGAAAAAGAUGUUGGAUUGAAUGCGAUGCCUGUAUCUUUUGUGAAUGGGUGUGUGAAAACACAAAGGAUAAGAGAAAAGAUAAAAGUUGCUAAAAUAAGAAUCGAAAAGAUAAGGCGGCCGUUAAUGAAAGCGAUGACCGCAUCAAAGCGUGCAAAUUGUGUGUUGUACAUCGGCACCGGAGGUCCGGGCAUGGCUCCGGCGGUGUUGGGUGGUGUGCAAGCAAGGUGGAAAUGGUAUCACGGUGGUAGUGGUGAUGGUGGUUCGGAUUAUAAUGGUGGUAAGACAACGGUGGUGAUACGGGCGGAAGCUAACUGUCCUAGGUGUUCUAAGUAG